AGACGGACAAGUGAUACUCGGGCAAUCUUUCAAAUUUCAGUUAAUGGGUGUGUAGUUCCGGAAUGUUAGCGACAUAUUUGAACAAUUGUGAGCCAGCACUGGGGAAACCACAUCGUUGCUAAGAACAUAAUAUAAUUUAUUAUCAGACGCAAGGUACAAUAUGGAAGUGAACGAAUCAAUUUUCGAUUUUGAAUACAGUUUUGAUUAUUAUGCAUUUCUGGAAGAAGUUUACGCAUUCGAUACACCUCCCGAGGUGACAGUGUCGCUUGGUGUCCUGUUUAUGUUUUUAAUCAUCGCUGGAAAUCUAUGGGUCAUCAUAGCAGUGUUUCGGCAGCCUAAGCUUAGAAACACGGCAACAAAUAUUUUUAUUGUAUCAUUGUCAGUGUCUGAUCUAUUGAUUGCAGUCGUAGUUGUGCCAUUUCACAUCGGUGCAUUCGCCUACGGCAUGGAAACAUCCAAUAAAGCUGUGUGCAACAUAACAGCUUACUUACACUGGGCGGCGCAAUGUGGUACAACCUUCUCUCUGCUUUGUAUUGGUGUUGAUCGUUAUAGAGCCAUUGUUCAGCCAUUGAGGCCGAAAUUGACUCUCCAGCACGCAGCUAUCGGAUGCAUACUAGUAUGGGUAUGUGCAUUGGGUUAUUCAUGCGGCAAGUUUGCAACAGUCGGAAUUGUAUCUGAAAACAACACUAUUUACAUAGAGAAAGGGAACGAGACAAUCAUCGCUCACAGCAUGUACCAUUUCUGCUAUGUCACAGACUUUGAAAUCGACAAAAUAUUGCGCGUUUGCGAUUUCCUUGUUAUGUAUGUGAUUCCCUUGGCUAUAAUAACCACACUAUACUCUAUUAUGGUGUACACUUUGUGGUUCAGCAAAGCCCCGACAAAUUCCGGCAACCGUAACAAGAGAAAAGCCGUGAAAAUGCUAAGUUUUGUUGUGUUGCAGUUUGCUAUCACGUGGCUUCCCUCCAACGUAUUGCAGUUGUAUUACGCAUGGACCGUAGACUUUCCAAUGGAGCCUUUCUUAUGGUCGAUAGCACCCUCCAAUUUGUGCGUGUUUAUCAUACUCUGUAACAGCUGGAUUAAUCCUAUACUUUACGCAUAUUUUAAUGAGAGUUUCAGAAAAGAAUUUAGAAAACUGUUUCCAUGCUUCUAUAAAUGCAAAAGGUCAAAAGUAUCUGCCGAAGAUUCGUCAAUGACGGGAUACGAUGCGACUAAUACAGCGAGGGCAGGCGGGAGAACACGAGUGUCGAUGAUAAACAGUACAGUUGCGUAACUUAUAUCAUCUACAAUGUGUAUGUUGCUCUAAUAUAAAGAGUCUUGGUGACCAAUGGUGCUUUAUUCACAGUGGAUAACUACGUAUAUACUACAACAAACCAAUUUUAAGUUUUUUUAACACUGAAUUUCAUUGUACUGUUAAUAUCAGCAGUAUAUUCACUUUACUCCACUAUUGAUAUUUGCUAGGUUUCGUUUAUUUUAAUAUAUUUAACCUGUAAAACCCCAUUUUGGGUCAUUUUUGUCAAUAAUACUUUAGUCUUAUUCACUGAAUGCCUAAAAAUGCACAUAGAGAUAACAACUAUACCAUAUUUGCUAGAUUUAUCAUAGUAAUCUGUUCAAAUGUGGGAAUUAGUUUUCAGAAUUAGACAUCCCACGGGGUAAUUUUUGAUAUGGACGUAUCUUGGCUUUUUUAGUGUUUUAUUUGCUUUAGAAUGUUGUUUGUUACAGCUGCUCAUUGCUACGAAUGGUAUAAAAUGUCAGAUAUGUACGCCCAUAAGUACAUUGACAUUGAACUUACAUUAUUCUAUUACUGAUUAGGAAUGCGCAUAUUGAUAUGACACGAUGUAAAUAAGGUCAGUUGGUGAUUGUAAUUUAAAAAAUGGUAUUUAAAAACCAUGGUAGUGAAUACAAACCUUGUAACAUUUACUGGUAAUCUAUUCCUAAAUUAUUUUAAGUAACCUGUGUUGUAUUUAGUUCAGAUAUGUGAGACGUGUAUGUUAUUACCCUGUAGAUACAUCGUAUAGGAAAUACCGUACUACGUGAAGUGAAGGUAAUACGUGUUGAUUUUUGACAUUCAACCUCACACAAUUACAAUUUGUCUUGACGGACCAAACUUGUACAUAAUUACACAAUGUUAUGACAAUAUUAGUACUUACUGUGUUAUAUAUAGUCGGCGAGUCGUAUAAAAUAUGUCUGACAUAUUAUAAUGUAAAAGGUUGCACAUCGUGCAUGAGGGUACACUCCGCUGAUAUAAAUACAUAUAUUACAAAUAUAUGACGAACCAUUUAAUGAAAUAUUUUCUUAUUAAUGCUUUUUGCGGUAAAAUGUAAUUUUAUCAAUAUGUGAACGUUUCAUAAGUCAGGCGGUGUUUCAAAUGGUUGACACACGGAUAAUAGUGUAUAAUGCAUAUUCAAGUAAAUGCAAUUUUUCGUCAAUUAUACGUAUAUUAAGAUCAUACACUAUAAUGUCUUAAUAGCCCUGGGCAGUUUUCGCAAUUAUGCUUUUUCUUCUGCGAUUUUUCAUUUCAAAUGGGAUACUGUUAUCAUAUCUUCGAAGUACCGGUCGUUAUUAAUAAUGGAUUUAAGAUAGCAUACAGGGAAAAGGUUUCUCAACCUUUUCAAUGAAAAUGUCAAGUAAAUGCACGUACUUGUUAUUUUGUCGGCUAUUGCUAUGUAUAGUAGAUAACAUUGAUGGUCUUUCAAAGUUGUACGCAGAUGUCUUUUUUUCCUUAUUGGCUAAUGGCAGACGUAUACUUAUGUUUCGUAUAGUUAUUCACCACAGAAGGAGCACAGUGCAGAGCAUUUACAGUUUGUAUUACAUUUCAAAGACUUGUAUGAAUAGUAACAUGUGAGGUUAUAUUAUAGAAUUACGAUUAAAUGUCAAUGCUGUCCUUGAAAACGGAAA